CGCGUUGGUUCUGUUUGGUUAGCAACCACGCUGUAACUAUUGUAUGGGUGACUGUGUUGUUGGGAUACACACUACAGAUAAACUGAAGGGAUAGAAACAUACAAUGGAGGGUCUGCCGUUUCUUCCAGGGAAUUCCUUCAGGGACCCAACUAAAAACAAGUACCACAGGAGCCAUUCCUUGAACUAUAAGAAUGGUUAUACCGUUCCCUCACUGCCUACAUCAGGGAUAGGUGGGGAACCCAUUAUCUACAAUCAACUGAGUGAACAAGAACUUGAUGAAUUAGCCAAUUACAAUCCAACUCUGACUUAUGGACAGGCCAAACAAGCACCACCAGAGGAUUUUGUACCAGCACAUAAAGCAUGGGAUAAAAAGGUUCUAAGGUUUUUUGCUUACUUCAAGCAAACUGUACAUGAAUCCCCUGCCGAAUACUUCCGAGUCCGCCCAGUAGAUAUUUAUUAUUACCUAGAGGAUGACAGCAUAUCUGUUGUGGAACCUCAUGUAGAAAACAGUGGAAUGCCACAAGGAAAACUCAUCAAAAGACAAAGACUCCCCAAGAAUGACCAGGGAGACAACUGGCACUGGAAGGACCUCAACAAUGGCACUAAUGCUACCUUCUAUGGCAAGGUUUUCCACAUCGUAAAUUGUGACAAAUUUACAAAGGAUUUCCUGGAAAGUGAAGGUUUGGUGGUAAAUCCAUCAGGGGAAUUGCCAACAGAUCCCUACAUUGAGAAGAGAAAGGAAGCUGCCGCUCUCAGAACCUACCAGACUCCAUCAGCUUUUGAUAAAACAAAGCAGUUUUUGGAAAUGGAUCGCAAAGUGCUACGAUUUUACUGUGUCUGGGAUGACAGGGAUAAUAUGUUUGGAGAAAUGCGCCCAUAUGUCAUUCAUUAUUAUUUGGUGGAUGACACUUUGGAAGUCCGAGAAGUGCACACACCCAAUGAUGGAAGAGAUCCCUUCCCAGUCCUGAUUGGGAGACACAAGGUUCCUAAGAAUAGAUAUGAAGUAGAAUCCUCCUUCCCUGCGGUUGUGAUGGAGUUAUCAGAUAACGAAAUCAAACAAUAUUACACACCGAAAGACUUUCAUAUGGGAACAACUGUUCCAAUCUAUGGGCGAAAAUUCCUCAUUUAUGAUUGUGAUAACUUUACAAAGGCCUUCUAUUACCAUCACUUUGGACAAACAGAAUUCAAUUCUCUAGAUGUGAAAGAGAAACUGAAGGAUCUGCCAAAAAUGGAAAUCCCGCCCUACAACCACUUUGGGUCCCUGGAGGACUCUCUGCAGUCCUGCUUGUCACUGAUACCACAGCCACCCAAGAAAGACUUCAUCAAGAUGUUGGAGAAUGACCACAAAGUUCUCAGAUUUGAAGCAGUUAUGGAUUCUGUCCGACCUGAGGAUAAUGGAAGGAGAUUUAUCAUAUCCUACCGACUGGCUGAUGAUAUGAUGACAGUAUAUGAGCCCCCAGUCAGAAACUCGGGAAUCAUUGGAGGAAAAUUCCUAGAGAGAACCAGGGUGGCAAAGACCAGCUCUGAUCCUGAUCAGCCCACUUUCUAUGGUCCUCAGGACUUUUAUAUCGGUGCUGUAAUUGAUAUCUUCAAACAUCGCUUUGUUAUCAUUGGAGCUGAUGAAUACGUUCUGAAAUACAUGGAGGACCACAAAUCUCAAUUCCCAGAGAGCACCAUUCAAACUCUACGGGAGUACUUGAGUCAGUCUAAGGCUGAGAAAGAAAUGAUUAAAGGAGGACCCAUGAAAGUUAGAAGAAGCCCAGGUGACCUUGAGAUCUUGGUAAGACAAGUAAGAGCUCAGUUGAAGAAAAUUGCCAUCACAGAUAAAUCCCGUGUUGAUGAAAUGUUUCUUCGCUACAACAAGAACCGCAGUGGGUUCAUUGAUGCAGACAACAUGAAGAAUCUAUGUCGUAGUUUACAAUUACCAGUUGAUGAUGACGUCAUAGCAGCUCUUAUUGCACAGUGCACAUCUGAUUCAGCGGGAAAGAUCAGCUUAGAAGACUUCAGAAGAUUUGUUGAAAGUUCAUGAAGAGACACCUUUUAAAUUAACCUUUCUACUGUGAUAUGUGACAAUAAAAACCCUCCAUGGUUGCAAUACAGAUUAUGGAUUCUGUCCAAAACCACUUUUUAAAAUAUUUGUACAUACUGUUAGGAUAUUUUAUCAAUCAAGAUUUUUUAAAAUGUGCAGUAAACCUGUCUUAUUACAGCAAGGACGGUUAAGAAAGUUGAAGCAUUUACUGUUUCUAACCUUAAUUAUGUUAUUAGGACGACAGUAACCGCAAAGGGAGAUAAACCUGCCUCUUUCAUCAUAUGUUAUUGUAAAAAUAUUGAUGUGAAUAUGUAAUAAAAAUAGUAAAAUAAUA